CUUUCACCCAUUAGCCCAAGCAAAGAUGGCGUCUAGACCUGAGCUCAAGGUCGACGACGAGACCGGAUUCAUUCGUUCGUUCCGUUCCCUCCCACCGAGAUCGGACGGAAACAAUACUAUCCGUGUCUUUGAUCGGGUCGACUGGUAUUCAGCGCAUGGAGAAGAUGCCGAGUUUAUUGCGCGAACCGUCUACAAGACGACUGCUGUUAUCAGAAACCUCGGUCGAAGCGACAAUGCUUUGCCCAGCGUCACAAUGUCAACCACCGUUUUCCGAAACCUCCUUCGAGAAGCGCUGUUCAAGCUAGGCAAAAGAGUAGAGAUCUGGGAGGCAAGUGGCAAAGGACAAUGGAAACUCGCCCGUCAAGCUAGUCCCGGCAACUUGCAAGCUGUUGAAGAAGAGCUGGGUUCAGGUAUGGAUAGCCAAGGCGACAGUGCCCCCAUAAUCCUGGCUGUUAAGGUCAGUACCAAAGCCGGCGAGGCCAGAAGUGUGGGCGUUUGCUUUGCAGAUGCCAGUGUCCGAGAACUUGGCGUCAGCGAGUUCUUGGACAAUGAUCUCUAUUCCAACCUCGAAAGUCUUCUUAUUCAGUUGGGCGUCAAAGAGUGUAUUGUGGCAGGCAGCCUCCAGAAAAAGGAUCCCGAACUGGUCAAGAUCCAACAAAUUGCCGAUUCGUGUGGUAUCGCCAUUUCUGAGAGAUCUGCUGCCGAUUGGGGAACGAAGGACAUCGAACAAGACCUAGCCAGGCUUCUGAAGGGCGAAAAUGCAAUGGGACUCCUGCCUCAGACGGACCUCAAACUGGCAAUGGGGAGCGCAGCUGCACUCAUCAAGUAUUUGGGUGUCAUGACAGACCCCAGCAAUUUUGGACAAUACCGACUAUACCAGCACGACCUUGGACAGUACAUGAAACUGGACGCGGCUGCACUCAGAGCUCUGAACCUCAUGCCUGGCCCGCGAGACGGCGCGAAAAGUAUGAGCUUGUUUGGUCUGCUCAACCACUGCAAAACCCCGAUCGGAGCUCGUCUACUUGCACAGUGGCUGAAGCAACCGCUGAUGAGUCUUUCGGAAAUCGAGAAGAGGCAGCAACUAGUGGAGGCUUUCGUCACGGACACUGAACUUCGCCAAACCAUGCAAGAAGAACACCUUCGCUCGAUCCCCGACCUUUACCGCCUGGCCAAGAAAUUCCAGCGAAAGCGCGCAAACUUGGAGGAUGUGGUUCGGGCGUAUCAGGUUAUCAUCCGGCUUCCAGGCUUCAUCGAGGCCCUGGAAACUGUGGUCGACGAGCAGUACCAAAUGCCCUUAGAAGCACAGUAUACGUCAAAACUGAAAGAGUUAUCUAGCUUUCUAGGGAAAUUGGCUGAAAUGGUCGAGACCACUGUGGACCUCGAAGCUCUGGACCGCCAUGAGUUCAUUAUCAAACCAGAGUUUGAUGAGGGUCUCAAGGUAAUUCGGGCCAAGCUUGACAAAGUAAAGCACGCAAUGGAUGUCGAACAUCGUCGGGUCGGAAAGGAUCUUAGUCAGGAGCUCGACAAGAAGCUCUAUCUGGAGGCCCACAAAGUCCAUGGGCAUUGUUUCCGGCUCACGCGCAAUGAAGCGGGUUGCAUCCGAAACAAGAAGGAUUACAAGGAAAUAUCGACACAAAAGAACGGUGUUUACUUUACGACGAAUGCACUGGCGGAGUUAAGGAGGGAGCACGAUCAACUCUCAGGGUCUUACAAUCGAAAACAGUCGUCACUGGUGUCAGAGGUCGUUCAAGUAGCGUCAUCGUACACGCCAGUCAUUGAACAGCUUGCCGCCAUCAUCGCCCAUCUCGAUGUGGUGGUGAGUCUGGCACAUACUUCUGUCCAUGCUCCGACAGCAUACGUCCGCCCGAAGAUGCAUGCACGAGGCACGGGGGAUACCAUCUUAAAAGAAGCACGUCACCCUUGCAUGGAAGCUCAGGACGACAUCAAUUUUAUCACCAAUGACGUCGAAUUUAGGCGAGACAGCUCCCGGUUUCUCAUCAUCACCGGUCCGAAUAUGGGCGGUAAAUCGACAUACAUUCGCACAAUCGGCUGCAUUGCUCUGAUGGCUCAGAUUGGCUGUUUCGUGCCCUGCGCGGAAGCAGAGCUGACCAUUUUUGAUUGUGUACUCGCUCGUGUCGGAGCAUCAGAUUCUCAACUCAAAGGCGUCUCAACCUUCAUGGCGGAAAUGCUUGAAACUGCAAACAUCCUGAAAAGUGCCACCAGAGACUCGCUGAUCAUCAUUGAUGAGCUAGGUCGAGGCACAAGCACCUAUGACGGCUUCGGGCUUGCAUGGGCCAUCAGCGAAGAAAUCGUCGGUCAGAUUGGCGCGUUUGGGUGUUUUGCCACUCACUUCCACGAGCUGACUGCUCUGGCGGACAAGUACCCGAAUGCGGUCAAGAACCUUCAUGUUGUUGCCUUUGUGGGGGACCAGGACCAGGAUGUUGCCAUGACCAAUGGUGAGGGGGGCACCAGUGCCUCGAACAAACGAAGGGAGGUCACUUUGUUGUACAGAGUCGAACCCGGCAUAAGUGACCAGAGCUUCGGCAUCCACGUUGCUGAGCUUGUAAGAUUUCCAGACAAGGUGGUCAGCAUGGCGAGAAGAAAGGCAGAGGAGCUGGAAGACUUCACGAGUGCGAAUGCUGAACCGAAGGAGAGUGAAUACUCGAAGGAAGACGCAGAUGAAGCCAGCCGACUGUUGAAGGCAAUGCUACAGAAUUGGAAGGAGCAGGUCGAAGGGAAGGAUAUGACCAAGGACGAAAAAUUACGGCUGAUGAGAGAAAUGGUCAAGGGUGACGAGAAGCUGAUGAAGAAUCCCUUCUUCCAAACUGUACAAACACUGUGAAGCCAAAACACAGGCGGGACUGGUUUGCUACUGUAAGCAUAGUGGCAUGAGCGUGGUGUUAUGGAGUUACUGUCUGCGUAUCGCUUCAACCAGUUGUUAUGGAACAUCUGUGCUCUUGACAGUGGACGAAAAAGAAGGGCAUGUGGGCUUCUGUGACGUCUAAUUUCGGAUUUGAGAAGCCUCAAGAGACCUAUUCCUUGAUUACAUGUAGAGAACCUGUAUGCCAUAUUUUUUUUCCUCAUUCCAAAUCC